CACAAGCGGAAUCAUGGGCGGCGCCGGAGGAGGAGGAGAUCGCCUCCGCCGCCGCGUCGACAUCGUCGACAUCGCUUCUCCAUCCACUUCAGUCGAGGUCAACCUGUCCGUGGUCCAUGCAAUGUAUGAGCUUCAAGGUUGGGCAGAUCUCCCUGAUGGCCUGCUUCACUCAAUCGUUGCUCUGUUGUGCUCCUUCCCUGACCUUCAUGCCUUCUCUUCUACCUCCCGCUCUUGGCGUGCUGCCUUUUCCUCGUACCCUUCCAAACAAACAUUUUCGACACUCUUCCCACCUCUUCUCUUACAACCCGAUAUCCCUUGGUGCUCUCCUUGUCCUUACCCUAUUAGCAACAGCUUUGUACCUCGCCUAUGUCAUGUCACUGAUAUAAUGAACGAAGACACCUACUGUUGCUGUCAGAUUCCCCUUUUUGCUCAGAUAAAUACCCCACUGAGUCCACUGGAUGAGUUCUGUUUCAGGGGUUCUUCUUAUGGUCAUCUCAUUUUGUCUAGCAAAACAUCAUGUCUCCUUGUUGAUGUGUUCACAGGUGUUACUGUUUCACCUCCACAAUUACCAGUCAACCAAGCGACUCAUAUCUACUAUGGCGCCCUGACAGCCCCUCUAGCAUCACCCGACUCACAUCUCAUUGUCUCGACUGAUAAUCACAAUUUAUUUUGGCAUGUCGGUGAUCGCUCUUGGUCAGGACGUUCUCUUCCCAAUGGAAGGCUCACCCAGAUCGUGGUUUUCGAAGGCAAGGUCUUUGGCAUGGAUGCUGAGCGCAAUAUCUUCACGGUGCACUUGUCACCCCUGAUUCACAUACAAGAAAUAUCAGUUUCUUUUGAAGAGCGUGUCAUCAGGAGGCGUCUUGGCAUCGCAUGGUUGGUGGCGUGCACUGACAUGCUUCUCUUGGUUGGCUGUCAGGGAUCAUCUUAUGUAAGAACAGGGCAAACCUUUGAAGCAUUCCGCCUUGACCUAUCAACUGAACCUGCAACUUGGGUGAAGGUUGACAUUUUGCAGAAUAGGGCGAUCUUCCUUGGCAGUGACGAGAGAAGCCGGCCAUUCUGUUGCAUGAACCCAGAGAGAUGGGGAGGAAAGAGCAAUUGCUUAUACUACUAUACUAACAAUCGAAAAAAUUGGACUGCAGUUGAGUUGGGUGAGCCGCUGAAGGGACAUGCAUCAAAUACAAGCAUAUUUAUGUUCACAUCUUGUUUCACUAUGCUGACACCUAUGUGGGUUGUGCCCAGCAAGUUCUCUUCGUGAAUGUGAUUGGCUCAUCGUCUUGAUGCAUCGUUUGUGUUGCUCGCCAUACUAACUUUGGCUGUAAGAUUACAAGAUAUUUCGACUCUCUGUAGUCGUGGACUGCCAAGUUCAAAAGUUUGAUAUGUGCGAUCAUAUUGGCACUACUCAUAUUUAUUUGGACUAUUAUGACAGCGAACCUGUUGACCUCUUGGUUCAAGGAAGCUUUUGCAGAUGGGAGCAGUAGUACUGAAGCUUUUGUAGUUAGUUUCAUCCUUCAGUUAGUUCACGCCUUGAUGCAUGACACUGUUGUGGUUUGUUUCUUCUUUCAGUUAUUUGUGCUGCUUAACUACUUAUUGAUUCUUCUUUUGGUUGG